AUGCCUAGAUCAUGCUGCAGCCGCUCGGGGGCCCUCCUGCUUGCCCUGCUGCUUCAGGCCUUCGUGGAAGUGCGUGGCUGGUGUCUGGAGAGCAGCCAGUGUCAGGACCUCACCACGGAAAGUAACCUGCUGGCCUGCAUUCGGGCCUGCAAGGCCGACCUCUCGGCCGAGACGCCCGUGUUUCCCGGGAACGGUAACGGCGAGGAACAGCUGCUGACCGAGCGCCCCCGGAAGUACGUCAUGGGCCACUUCCGCUGGGACCGCUUCCGCCGCGGGAACGACAGCAGCGGCGGGGCCGGCGCGGGCCCCAAGCGCGCGGAGGAGGCGGUGGCCGCGGGCGAUGGCGCCGAGCCGGGGCCGCGCGAGGGCAAGCGCUCCUUCUCCAUGGAGCACUUCCGCUGGGGCAGGCCGGUGGGCAAGAAGCGGCGCCCGGUGAAGGUGAACCCCAACGGCGCCGAGGACAAGUCGACCGAGGCCUUCCCCGUCGAGUUCAAGCGGGAGCGGCCCGGGCCGGCGCUCAGCCUCGAGGGCGCGACCCAGGGCGGGGAGUACAGCCCGGAGGCCGGGGCCCCGCUGGCGCUGAAGAAGGACGAGGGGCCCUACAAGAUGGAGCACUUCCGCUGGGGCAGCCGGCCCAAGAACAAGCGCUACGGCGGCUUCAUGAGCUCGGAGAAGAGCCAGACGCCCCUGGUGACGCUGUUCAAAAACGCCAUCAUCAAGAACGCCAACCAGAAUGGCCAGUGAGGGCGCCGCGGGGCCCGGGGCCUCCCCCCCCACCCACCCCACCCGAAGGCGACCCCCGAACCCCCUCUCGCGGGCCGGCCCGCCUCCCAGCCUGGCUGGGCCACUCGCUCCGGGUGGGAGCCCUCGGCCUGUGAAAGCUGCCUGUAGUUAGGAAAUAAAGCCUUUCAAGUUGCA